AUGUUACAACACUUUGAACACAAUAUAGAUGAAUCAGACAUACCUCACUAUCCGGGAGAUCUGACAGACCAGCAGGUAAUUGACAACUUGAGAGAGUUACAGGAUGUUAGGACGGGAGGAAAGUCUCAAAAUGACUACCUUAGAGAGUGGCUUCCAAAGAGAGAAAUAUACCUCGGGACACUCAUUGGUCGGGAGGCGCCUCCUCCGCGUCGGGAUAAUCAAUGCCAGCAAUGCCAAAGACUCCCGGGAUGUUGGAGAUGCCUUGAAUGUUUUGGAUCUCAACUUGUUUGCCCUCACUGUCUGAGACAAAACCAUCAACUGGUUCCGUUUCACCGAGUCGAGAAAUGGACAGGGGAGUACUUUCGUCCUGGAGGUUUAUGGGAAGUGGGUAUUAGGUUGUAUCUUGGUCAUAAUGGGAAGAGGUGUCCAGUACAAUUGCCCUUAAACGAGAGUACCCACGGGACAAGCAUUGGAGCCGAAGGAUAUGUUGGAAACGGGAUUCAAUCUGCCGCCGAAAACAACUAUUGGAGCGGCACAUCACUUGCCGCCGAUGAAUAUAGCAGGAACGGGACUCGUGAUGCCGCCGAAGUUACGGAUACUCAUGACAUUGGUCCAACACCAGCAAACAAUGACGAAGAGUCUUUCACAUCUCAGCUUCUUGCAGAUCCUGAAAUCCCAACUCUGUUUGAACUGGACGAUGGAGACGAUGAGGAUAUCAACUUGUAUGAGGAACUUGAUACAAGCUUCCACGAUCAACCCCGUCCAAGGGCAGAAGAUAAUGAUGGUAUCCCAUUCAAAGUUAUUAUUCAUACAUCCGGAGUACACUAUCUACCCGUUCGGACUUGUACUUGCCGAUCUGCCAUGCUGCCUUUGGAUUUGCAAUAUCUGGAAAUGGGUCUUUUUGCUACUAGUUUUCAGAAUAUCCGAACCUUGUUUACACUGGAAGUGCUGGAGGAUUUUAGGGUUACCAACCUUGAAUGCAAAACCUCGGGCUAUCAAUAUUAUCAAAAGCUCAGACGCAUUACCUCACCUUCAUUUCCCAAACAGGUUCUGAACCGCUAUCGGGAACUGAGAAGGCUUAGUCGCCAAUACAGAAACCUUAUAUUGCACAAAAUACACGGUCAAGGACACUCUGAACAGGCUCUAAAGGCUUAUAUGGAGUUGAAAUACCCACAACAAGGCUCCGAAAUGCAUCCCGAUCAGGAACCUUUCGGCUCAAUAACACCUCCGGAACCAGGGCAAACACGGAACAAUUCUUCGUCCCGACAAUCGGAACCAAAUGAAGAUUCCGAACGGAAUGAUACAACAUCCCGGUUGGAAGUUGAUCCAGGUGAUUCUGACCCAAAUAAUAUGUCACCUGAACCUCCGUCCAGAAACGAGCCAGAUAAAAGAGGGUCCUUGACAUUGUUCUGUCCAGCGUGUCCACAGCCAGGUGUUAACCUACCUGAUGACUGGGUUCUCGAAGCCGAUAGUGAUAUCUAUAUUCGUAGCUAUGUGGCAGAUGGAAACUUCAAAGCCGAUCAUUUGAAUCAAAAAAACGAGGGAGACGACGUCUGGCUCAGUGUUGGAGAAGGUUUUAUGACCGAUCCUGGGCCAUACAAGGAGCAUAUAAAGGAAGCUAUUUCUCUGGCACCACGUUAUAAACGGGAACCAACUUGUCACAACUACCAUGCACAAAAAGCAGAGAAUAGAGUUAGCCCUGGAAAACGCGUUAGAGGAAUAGGCGCCCAUGCGUGUGCAAGACAUGGAUGCUUUUGUCCUAACAGUGUUGUUGAUUUCGACAAAGGAGAGAAGCAAAUGCACAUGGAUUGGUCCUUAACACAGGCAAGGGAAACAACAAAUACUAAAGGCAUCACUAGGCAUCUGGAAAUUUACGAUAUCAACUGCCAAUAUUGUGUCAAUCUCAUGAAGCGUCUGACUGACUCUACAAAGAUGCACUGGCCCCCCUCUGUCAAAAUAACCUUUGCUAUUGGUCUUUUCCAUGUCCAUGGGCAUAAAUCUGAAUGCUUGUACAAUUAUGCCUCAACCUACAUUCCGGGCGUUGGAAUUAUUGAUGGAGAAAUAUUGGAACCUCUCUGGUCCGUCCUCAAUGAUACUUCCCGAAGUACUCGUUCGGCAACCACUGCACACCGCGCUGAAGUUCUGGAUGACCACAUGGGUGAUUCAAAUUGGAAAAAAACAAUAAACAUGGCUGCCACCAUAGCGGCCAAGUACAAGCGGGCCGGUGAACAGUCCGGUAUAACGGAAGCAUUCUACCGAAAUCUUACGGAACAACAACCUCCCGAGCUAGUUGACACAUGGGAGCAAGAAAUCAAACAGGCCGAGUUUGAUCGGGAUCAAGGAGUAUCCGAUGCUAUGAGUCAAGUAAUGGCAAGCAAAGUGAAAACUGCUGCCGGAAGACAAGAAAUUGAAUUACAUCUCUCAAAUAUGGAGCUGACUUCCUCGGGAGCUACAGGCAAAGCUGCUUGGAUUUCAUCUGGCUUGAAAUUGGAACAAGCUCAAUUAGAGCUAAGAAGCCAUGUUCGCAAACUUGGAACUCAUCCAUCCACAGCUCAACAGCUUGAUUUGGUUAAUAAACGUCGGUCAAUGCGAACACGAGUUGAGGCUUUCAGCCGUACUGCAUUGACAUUCUUGGGGGAAGAGGCUUUGGAGAGUAUUCAAGGAGUUAAUACCCCAGUUCUUGACGACGAAGUCAGCGAUGAUGAGAUAGCCGACAUCGGGAAUGUCAACAUCACCCGGGCGGAUCCGGAACGGCAACCUCUCCCGUUCCCGUCAGCACUGCUUGAUGAUUAUUUCCGAGAUCUUGAAGAAGGCAUGGCUCACCAACUUAAAGGGCUGCAAAAACUCGAGUUACGCAUUCGCCAGGGCCAUGCUGAAGAUUGCCUUGAGGCAGUUAGAUCAGCCCUGAUUCAGCUCUCGUGGCAAUAUAAAUAUCAAGUCCGCAUGGCAGAUUCGGUAUACACAGGCACCCGCGCAUGGGAUGGAGUCAAACUGUUGAAUGCAUCUUGGAAAUUGCACAAAAAGAUAUACAAUGCAAACCGAAUAGCAAUGAUUCGGAUUGCCGGUCAUUCCGAAGAGGAUAUUAUGCAGAUACGGAGGGAGUUUCCUGUUUUAUAUGACCAUGAUUGCAAGCACAGUGCGGCAAUUUCGGAUCCGAAUGUUCGGGGCGGCAGUUCCGACCGGCUUAGUUGGAUUUGGAGAUCCCGCCAGGGACUCAAUGCUGAUAACCAAUUAUAUUCUUUCGUCUUAACUGGCUCAGAGCUCGGGCACAAAGAAACAGAUGGAAAGAAGAACUAUCCCUGA